AUGCCAAAAAAUGAACGGAACGGGGGCUCUCUGUACCGUGGGACCUUCCAGGGAGAUAGGACGGAUGCUAGCUUAGAUGCUUUGCGUGGGGCAAUGGUUGUCUUUCCGUCACAAGCUGGCAAAGCCACAGCAAUUCUAAACAGCGGAAUUCAAAGCAAGAAUGCUGAGUCCACAAACGAGCACAAGUGUCACGAUGUCUCCCAAUCAACGGAGUCGGUGAGGUCCAGGGUUAAGCAAUUUUCCUCUGGUGCAACUGGAACUUUGGAAUCUCCGACUGUGACUCCAGGAAACUCAACUCAAAUGGAAUAUCCUCAGCAUAUUGCUGCCAAGCUUGCGGUAGAGAGAUCCGCGGUACAGACCUCGUUGAACCGGGGAACAAAGCUGCCAACACCCAUGGUUACCGGAAUAUAUGAAUCCCAGCGAGUCAAGGGUCACAGCUCUCACUCGGCUCUACACUCCACAGCCACUCACCCAAACGACCAGACCACAUCUUUAUCCACCACUCGUGAGAAUAUCAAGCUGUUGUCAAAAGAGACUUUUACAGACGCGGGACUCGAUGUCAUAGGGAAACCUGACACUAUUUCAUCCAUGGACAAGAAUUCCCCGAAAGGGCCUCCUGCACUGCCCCCGAGGAAAAAGGAAGCGCCUCGGGUUCCGCCCAAAUCAGCAACAAUAUCUGCGGAUGCUGCGCGACGGUUACGGCUCGAUUCACAUCGUCAACCUGAAAUUCUAAGACGCUCCACAAGCAAGCCUACUUUACUCCCGCAGCACACUAGCAGGUCCGAAAGCUCUUUAGCGGACGCUAUUGCGGCCUCCUCAUUAGCAUCAUCGCGGGCCGCAUCUCCGUCGAAGAUGGAGUCCAAACCGCCGCCUCCACCUCCAAGGCGCAGUCAGCCUCGUUCUAAUUUGUUGUUGCAAGCACCACACGCUGAUAGGAAUAAAUCAAGAACCCCAAGCCCGAGUAAGGGUCUGAAGAAGACUUUACGUGACGAGACCAAAUCCGACAGCGAUGCGCCGCGGAGAAAGUCCCCAAAACGCGUUACCAUUGAUCCCCGUCCCUACAUAUUUGACAAAGGCAACCAAAAACGGCGGCCAGAUCAAAUCACUGACAAGGACCGAAAGACAUAUGAAGGAGUUUGGGCGGCAAAUAAGGGCAUCGCUCGGUUUGGCCUCAUGGAUGUUCCCGAUAUCGAGGAACGACGAAUUCGGAAAUCGGUUUCAUUUGAGGACCUGGUCUUUAACAUUGUUGUUGACGAUAUCUGGUCUCGUUCUCGGCUGCCACGUCCCAAGCUAGAGGAGAUUUGGAACCUGGUUAGCCACGAUGCUCUCGGGAUGUUGUCGCGGGAAGAGUUUGUCGUUGGGAUGUGGCUUAUCGAUUUGUCCCUGAUGGGCCAUAAAUUACCGACCAAAGUGCCUAGAACUUUCGCCAGAGCUAAUUUCUGCUCCCGAACGAACAUGGACGCGGAUAGCAAAAAUGAGCUACGCCUGGGAAAAACACCAGCUGGCAGGGGCACUCGGAAGAAGUUUACGAAACCACCGGUGAAAGUCGCUUGUUUAUCCUGUCGCGCCUCGAGAAUAAGAUGCGACGGGAAGGAUCCUUGCUCUAGCUGCACUCUAAAGGGGAAGGACUGCAGCUAUUUACCAAGUAGGCGAGGAGGCCCAAGGAAAAAGAAAGUCAUUCCUGCAGCUUCCGUCGCGCUAGAGUCGCCAGAUAGCAAAUUGUGGAAUGUCAUCCAGCCGAUUCCACGACUUGAUGAAGGUAUGCGCCGCUGCGGAAGGACUUUUUGGCCGGACAGAAUUGACCCAACAAGCAACAUAGAACUCUUUAACCAAGUUGACACCCUUGCCGUUCCCGGUGCCGGCCUACGAGCAUUAGAUUUUCCCGUGGAAGUCCAGUCAAUGUUUGAAGGCCUUUUCGUGCCUCAAUCUACCACUUCCUAUACGCCAUUGGCUCCGGAAACUGUGCCUGUACACAUUUCCCCUUCAGCCCCGACAAGGGUAAGAGUGUAUGGCAGUGAACAAGAUAUGUCAGUAGCCUACACCAGCUCCGAUACCAUCCCCUGCGAAAUGUGCCAGUCUAAUGUGUACUGCAGUUUGAAUGGCUAUUACACUUUCAUCCAUGAUUAUUUUCCGAUAUUUCCUCCCGCCCCUGCACCGCCUUGUGUCGAAGCGCCUUUAGACAUGCCGGCAACCCCUGACAUGGCCUCCGAUAACCCACCCCUUACCUAUCAUCCAAAAUCUCCAGUGACUUUGGCCAUUUCGGCUAUACUCGCACGUGUCCCGCACCCGACAGACCCAGACCCAUCCUCUCCAGAAUCUGUUUUGAUAAGGCGCUCGUAUUCCCACAAAUUCGCUCUGGCUGCAUUAGAGAGUGUAGAGGGAGAAUCUGAGCUUAUCGAAUCUUGUGCCAGCCCGGCAGAAGCGCUCCAAAACGAGCGAGCGAUACCAAAGCGGUUGCCAGUCCACCCUAACACGCCUGUUGAACUGGAAAGUAUACUUGCAUUGUUGAUCCUAAGCAUCUAUGAGUAUACACAGCGCGGCAACCUUGUCAAGAUGCGGAAGCGUGCUGGAGAAGCAUACGUUAUGGCUAUAAACAUGUCACUUCAUUCACUUGGCAGGGAAGAUGAUGUAUUCGCUGAAGCUAGACGACGGGCAUGGUGGAUGACAGGUUCUAUUGUUAGCACAACGCCUCCCACGAUCCUUGUGACCGACCCACGUUUCGUCACCCCCUUACCUCAUUUUGCCGCUGACACUGAGGCUUGGUCUGUUCUAGUUCAGUCGCAACAGGUCUUGACUUCUGCAACCCAAUACAUAUGUGAUUUGAACAGGGCUCUCCGAAGCCGUGCUGACAUGUCACGCAUCUAUGAGCAUAUACCGGAUUCUAGUGACGUUUCACCAUGCGUGUCCCCACCGGCCUCGGAUGCAUCAUCCGGCUAUUCCUGGGUCUCUGAAGAAUCAUUCCCGUUCUCUAGUUAUGAUUCGACCGCUGUGUGUCUAGAGUCCGCUUUGACUAUCGCACGGAUGUUUGACAGUCUACCGUACCCAAACCCUUUCUAUGGAAAUGGGCGCUUCGCUGGACUUCGUUUAUCAUGCGACCCUAUGCCUCGCACAAUGCCCUCAUUUGCUUGUUGCGCUAUGCAAAGUAGUUAUGCGAUGCUUAUGCUCUAUUAUAAAUCUCAUGUCACUAGACACGAUGGAAAAAAGAGCCCGCUAGGCAAUGUUGAUCAGCUACGCGAGAAACUUCGACAUGGUCUGCAAUGCGUAGUUGGCGCAGUCAAAAAUUAUGCUAUUGCUUUCGAAGCGUUAGAUGGAAUGAGAGGUUGGCAUCCAUUCCCCCACAAACCUUGCCCUUCUUAG